AUGGGAUUGGAUUUCAUAGAAGAAGGCAGUGCCGAUUACGAAAAUGCACUAAUCCUAACCGGAUUCGGAAAAUUCCACUUCCUCCUGUUGAUGGUUUGUGGUUUGAUCUAUGCAAACACGGCGAUCGGUAUAACAAUUCUUUCUUUUGUUCUACCGUCGGCGACUUGUGAUUUUCAAAUGACGUCAGAAGAUAAAGGUUGGCUUACGGCUGCACCAAUGUUAGGCAUGGUAAUCGGCUCGUACUUCUGGGGCUGUCUCGCCGACACCAAAGGCCGGCGGAUCGUGCUGGUGGCCGCUUUGCUACUCGAUGGAAUUGCUGGACUUUUAUCGUCAAUGACACCAAUCUUCAGUGUUUUUAUGCUGCUUAGAUUUAUCAAUGGCUUUGCAAUUACAGGGGCUAUGGGUAUUUGUUUCCCAUAUCUAGGGGAAUUUCAACCAACAAAAUAUCGAGAGAAGAUUCUUUGUUGGAUGGAGAUGUUUUGGACAGCAGGUAUCAUUAUACUUCCUCUUAUUGCCUGGCUAAUAAUACCUAUGAGUUUACACAUUCGAUAUGAAUGGACUAUGAAUGAUGCAAACGUAUCGUGGAUUUUCAACAGCUGGAAUUUAUUCGUUGCAGUGUGUUCUCUUCCCAGCCUAGUCUUAGGAUGCAGUCUGUACAUGUUUCCGGAAAGUCCAAAGUUUCUGAUCGAAUGCGGGGAAACUGACCUGGCGCUCGAAAUCAUCAAAGAUAUUUACAGUUCAAAUUCAGGACGUGAUCGCUCAGAAUAUCCAAUCAAAAGUUUGAGAGGAAACGAAAAAACAAACACCAUAAUGGAGACGCACAACAGAUCGAAACGUACGCUAAGCAUUAGGAAGAAGAAACACCUGAAAAUCCUGUUCGUUGAAAUUUGGGAACAAACGAAGGCACUGUGCUUCAAACCGCACCUGAAGAAUACUCUGCUGACCUGUCUGAUACAGUUCGGAAUUACCAGCAGCUACUACACGCUGAUGAUCUGGUUUCCGGAACUGUUCGAGCGGUUCGAGCAGUACGAGGAGAAGUUUCCCAACACGUCCGCCUCGGUGUGCGACGUUUCGUCGAUCGUGCUCGACGACGUCAACGGAACGCUGGUAGAUGACUUUUGCGGCGGAACUAUUGACACCAGUGUGUAUCUGCACACCGUUAUACUAGGAAUUGCAUGCAUCCCGACCAGCUUCUGGCUGCCGCUGUGCGUUCAUCGUUUAGGAGCGAAAUUUUUCUUGGUUUCAAGCCUUUUGCUGGCUGGAGGCGUUACCGUUGGACUUUAUUACGUCGUGAAUUCGAUGCAAAAUCUGAUCCUAUCUUGUGUUUUUGAAGCAACCACUUCCAUGGCCAUUAGUACGGUUUACUGUGUGAUGGUCGACUUAUUCCCAACUAACUUGAGGGUGAUGGCAGCUGCUUUAUCACUAACUUUCGGGCGGGGAGGCGCGUUGGUCGGCAAUCUGCUCUUUGGAUACCUUAUCGAUCUGAACUGCGUCGUACCAAUAGCGGUCUUUUCUGCAUUGUUAUUUGCUAGUGGCCUCUUAUGCCUUUUCUUACCUAGUACAGGAAGUCAAGCACUCGAUUAG